UGACUGAUUCAUGUAUGAGCAUUUGUCUGGGGCGUUUUUCUCCCUCUUUAAGUAGACCAUACCUGAGCGUGAUAGGAGUUAUUUUACACGCAUCAAACGGACAGGAAUGUCAGAGUCAAUCGCAUGGAGGAGUGCAGCAUUGAGGGCUAUUCUUUAUGCGGCCCUGCUAGCGCUGGUUUCUGGAGGGCCCCGACCAGAACACAGGACCCCAGACCAUCCUCGGAGAGAACAGGCAGAGUGGAAUCAAAGAGUUCAGUAUCCAGCAUUAAAUGAUGCUCAGCACGUUCAGUUCCCUUCCCUCCAUGACACACAGCAGGUCCAGUUUCCUUCAGUGGAUGAUGGACAGAGAUGUGCUGCUGGUUACUAUCUAGACAGAAGUGGUCAGUUUGCUCGCUGUGUUCCCUGCUCCUGCAACGGCCACUCAAAUGAGUGUGAGCAGAACACCGGCCGAUGUCUUAACUGCCAGGAUGAUACAGUGGGUGAGCACUGUGAGCGCUGUAGAGAGGGAUAUUACUUUAAUGCAGCUCAGAGAAAAUGUAGGGUGUGCCCAUGUCCUUUCAGCAAUGAAGCCAACAAUUUUGCAGUGGGCUGCAUUGAAAUGAAUGGCAGAUUCCAGUGUCUGUGUAAAGAGGGUCACACAGGCGAAAGAUGUGAGCGAUGUGCCACGGGAUAUUAUGGCGAACCUCUGGUCGCUGGUGGGCGCUGUCGUUUGUGCAACUGUCCUGGAAACUUGUGUGACUCUAAGACUGGAGUGUGCAGGAAUUCUCUUGAGCUCCAAGACACAAACACAGAAGAACAGUGUGAAGAGUGUGAUAACUGCGCACAGACAUUGCUGAACGAUCUGGAAAAGCUUGAUGUUGAGCUGAGAAGAAUCAAAGAUCAGCUGGAUUUAGAUACUCUCAGACCUUCAUCAAAAGAACAUCUGAGAAAGCUUGAAGAAGCCAUAACUGCCACAACGAAUCUGGUGAAUACAUUCAGCUUCACAGUCAACAAUCAGAUGCCUAAAAUUAACCAACUGGAACAAGAUGUUAUCAAUCUGGCUGAUGAUAUGGAUAAUCUAAAAGAACAGGCAAGAAAGCGAUCAGAAGACUCUCAGAAAGCUCUUGCUAAUGCUGAAAACAGCCAUCAAAGGGCAAAAGAUCUGGACACUGAGGCACAGAACCUCCUUACAAAAAUAAAAGAGCUCCUGAAACAGCUCAUGGAUUCUAACAGCAGUGGAGCAGUUCUGCCCUCUGCGGAUUUAGCAAAACUUCUGGAACAGUCCGAGAACAUGGUGAAAGAUAUGGAAAAGCGAAGCUUCACGAACCACAAAGAUGCAGCCAAGAAAGAGCAAGCUGAAGCAAACAAAUUCUUAGAGCAUGUUAAAAACAUCAUAAAGCAAUGCGAUGAGAAUGAAGUGGCAUCCAAGCGUGUUGAUAGCCUGCUGAGCAACUAUGAGGCCAAGCUGAAAGAAUUGGAGGAUUUGCUAAAACAGGCUGAUAAUAUGGUGAAGAAAACCAACAAUCAAAAUGACAUUAAUACUGAAAGCCUUAAAGACAUUCUGAAACGAGUGAAUGAUUUGGAGAGCGAGAGAGACCUUGUUGGGGAUCAGAUUGCUCUUGCAGUGAACCAGCUGAAAGACACUCAGGGCCUCUUGAAUAUGUUCAAUGACAGUAAAAAGGAGUAUGAACAGCUUGCAGCGCAACUUAACGGUGCAAAGACUGAACUCAAAGAUAAAGUCCAAGUCAUCUCACAAGCAGCAGCCAAAGAGAAAAUUGUGAAACAGGCAGAAGAACAUGCAGAGAGCAUGUACAAACUGGCCAAAGAGCUCCAAGAGGCUGUACAGAAUGUGAGUGGGCGCUCUGGUGUGCAGACCGCUCUCUCUGGGAUAGAGGCGUACAAAAACAUCACAGACGCUGUCAAUGCUGCAGAGGAGGCUGCUAAGAAGGCCAAAGAGGCGGCAGACAAAGCACUUAAUGAUGUCAGUGAAGGGGACUUAAUCAACAGGGCAACAAAUCUGAAAAACAAUGGCAAUAACCUACUUAAAGAUGCCAAAAAUGCAGCUAAAGAUCUUAAAGGUGCAACCAAAGACCUCAAUAAUCAGAAGGAUCGUUUGCAAGUUGCUGAGCAGAAAAAGAAAGCACUAGAAAAGGAGCUGCUCACUGUUAAGGAUGGUUUGAGAGGAAUUCAGAGAGAUGACAUUGGAAAUAUUAUCGAUGCGGCUAAGAAAGCGGCAGCAGAAGCCAAUCGCACCACAAGUGACAUAAUGGACCAGCUAAAUGACAUCAAAGCAGAAGUUAACAAUAUCUCUAUUAGUCCAACUGUUUCAAAUAUGGACAAUGUUCUCAAUAAUGUGGAAAUGACUGUCAAAAAUGUGAGCGGCUCCAUCCCAUCCCUGCUGGAUAAAAUUGAAGAGUUGAAUUCUCAGAUUGGCUCCGGGAACAAUGUGUCUGAAAAUAUUAAUAAGAUAAAGGAACUGAUUGAGCAAGCACGUGAAGCUGCUAACAAAAUUGUCGUGCCUAUGAAAUUCACUGGUACAGGAUAUGUUGAGAUGCGCCCCCCUCGAGACUUAGAUGACCUGCGGGCGUACACCUCUCUCACUCUGUCCCUCCAGAGACCCGAAAAACCCCCCAUUAGAGGGGAUGGCACUAGACGUCGUCGUCAGACUCAGAACAACGAAGACAAUCUGUUUGUGCUAUACCUUGGAAAAAAAGACGCAUCUGGAGACUUCAUCGGCAUGGCUCUUCGAAAUAAUAUCCUGCAUGUCAUUUAUAAGCUCAAUGGAAAGGAGUAUGAAAUCAAGACAACCAACAUCACUGAGUCCUCAUCUGAUUUGUCUUUCUUUGACAAAAUUGACCUUUACAGAAUUUAUCAAGAUGCUCAAGUCAUUCACACACAGCAGUUCACGUCAAUCAAUCCAAAAACUCCGCAGACAAAAGAAAACCUGGGAGAGCUGACACGCAACCUGCUGGAUCUCAGUCCAGAUAAUGUGGUCUUCUAUGUAGGAGGUUAUCCAGAUGACUUCUCACCACCUGCCUCACUCAACUAUGGCAAAUACAAGGGCUGCAUUGAGUUUUCCACCUUCAAUGACAAAUAUAUCAGUCUCUACAACUUUAAGAAUGCAGUUAAUAUUAACUUGGAAACCCCUUGCAAGAGACAAAUCUCACUGAUCUCAGAGUCAGAUUACUUUGAAGGCACUGGUUAUGCCAAAGUCGCGCUUGAAAGAUUCCCCAUCAAUCUAUCGAUCCUGGAGAAAGUGGAAACCCGAGCUACGGAUGCCCUUUUGCUGUAUUUAGGAGAUGAGACUAAUGACUUUUACUACAGUGUCUCUCUUGAGAGAGGUUACAUUGUUCUACGUGGCCAAGGGAAAGAUAAUAUUUUGGAGCCCAUCAGAAGUGUAGAUAAACCAAGCCUAACUGCGGAAACAGAUGUGAAACUAUUCAUUACUGUAGGGAAAGAGAUUAAGGUCAGAGUAGGGAACACAGAGGUCAAAACGACAGACAACAUUCUACAAAGGUUCUAUCACUUCUACGUCGGUGGCAUACCCAACACUUUGCGUGAGAGAUACAAUAUCACUAUCCCUGCUCUGAAAGGGUGUGUGAAAAUCGGCAAUGCUGGUGGUAUAACGCCAGACGUUAAAGAGAAAGUGGGGAUUGGCAGAGGCUGCUCAAGUGACUUACUGAUGGUCAGGAAAGCUGAAUUCAACCAAGGCAGUGCAUUGGAUAAACUCCUUGAAGACUUCAGCUUAGAUGAUCUGAACCUUUCACUGGGUUUCAGGAGUACAAAAUCAGAUGGCAUCCUGCUGCAGAACAGCAAAAAUAAUAAUAACAUUGAACUUUCCAUGGAGAAAGGAUAUGUGGUCCUGAAAUUCCAAGGCAACAUGUGGAAAUCUACUAAACAGUACCGGGAUGGUAAAUGGCAUUAUCUCACUGUUGUUGGACAGGGUCAAAGCAUUGAACUUCGUAUUGAUGAAGAAGACGUUGGACAGAGAGAGAGAGACUCUUCAUCUGGACAAUUUUCCUCUAGCUUACUCCUGGGCAAGGACACCUUUGAGGGCUGCAUCACCAACCUUUAUCUCAGGAGACCUGAUUCUCUUUAUAGAGCAGAGGACCUGAGUACUUACUCUUCCACAGGAGACGUGAUGUUGAGCACAUGCAGUGCCUCACAAAAUAUGUAGAAACUCCAAACCACAGCGUAGCUUUUAGUAGAGAUGAAGAGCGCCUGACAGAAACAUUUUACAUGGAGAUAUUUGAAAAUCAACGCUGUUAUUUUGUCAGCAAAACCAAGCUACCCAAACCGGCUACUGCGAUAUAUGUUUUAUUUUCAUAAUUACAUAUCAUAUUGCAUAAGUCCCAUUAUUGAUAUAAAAAUUGUAUUGUAAAAGAAUCCAAUUACAAUUUUGCAAUAUUGGAAACUUUAGUUCUGUUAUUGAGAGGCUGCAACUCAUCUCAACACUGAUCCCAGCAGCUUGGUUGGCAUUGAAAUGUUUGCAAACACUAUACCAUUGUAAGGCUCUUACCAUGUCUUGAACAAUGGGGAGACCCAUUUUUGCUGUGAAUAAAAUUAAAUUCAUAAAAUUAAA